AUGUAUCAGCCACAGCCCCCACCUGCCUUCGCUGCGGGCGCCCCUCGGGUCGCGAGGCUGCCCAUGCCCCCACCUGGCUCCGCAUGUUGGCGUCCGUUCCCGUCCUGCCCCUGUCUCCCAUCACCCAACUCUGGCCACCAACCUCGGGGAGCCCCCAGGACGCACCGCCUCCUCUCAGUCUCUCCCAAGAUGGCGGACCUACUGGGCUCUAUCCUGAGCUCCAUGGAGAAGCCUCCCAGCCUCGGUGACCAGGAGACUCGGCGCAAGGCCCGAGAGCAGGCUGCCCGCCUGAAGAAACUUCAGGAGCAAGAGAAACAGCUGAAAGUGGAGUUUCGUAAAAGGAUGGAGAAAGAGGUAUCUGAUUUCAUCCAAGACAGUGGGCAGAACAAGAAAAAGUUUCAGCCGAUGAACAAGAUAGAGAGGAGCAUCCUACACGAUGUGGUCGAAGUGGCUGGCUUGACAUCCUUCUCCUUCGGGGAUGAUGAUGACUGUCGCUAUGUCAUGAUCUUUAAAAAGGAGUUUGCACCCUCAGAUGAAGAGCUAGAGUGCUACCGGCGCGGAGAGGAGUGGGACCCCCAGAAGGCUGAGGAGAAACGGAGGCUGAAGGAGCUGGCCCAGCGGCAGGAGGAGGAGGCAGCCCAGAAAGGACCCGUGGUGGUGAACCCUGCCAGUGACUACAAGGACAAAUACAGCCACCUUAUCGGCAAGGGGGCAGCCAAGGAUGCAGCCCACAUGCUACAGGCCAACAAGACCUACGGCUGUGUGCCGGUGGCCAACAAGAGGGAUACACGCUCCAUCGAAGAGGCCAUGAACGAGAUCCGAGCUAAGAAGCGUCUGCGGCAGAGCGGGGAAGAGGCGCCACCUACCUCCUAGGCACCCUAGCUCCCCCCAGGGCAGGGCAGGGAGGGACAAGGCUGCUGCUACAAGAACCCAUCCUAGAGCCCCCACCUCUGUUCCACCCCCCUCCUCUCCCUUGGGCUGAGGAGGACAGGUGUUUGUGUCACUGCUGGAGUCUGGACAUGUGUGUGGUCUGUGUCUGUGUGCAUGUACGUGUGUGCAAGAGUGAAUGCACAGGUGGCUAUUUAAUCUGUAUUAUCCCCCAUUCUUAGACUCCUCUUCCCCCAGGGGUUACGUAACAUUCAAUAAACACUGUUUGGCCCGGA